GUGCAGUGCGUCGCCGUGGUCUCGGUUUUAACAUACAGAGGACGCUGAUGCUUUUGUGUGCGACGGAAAAGUGUGCGUAGUUUAGGCCGUAGACGGUCACAAACCAUGCUGAACAGCCUGGGAUCCGUGGGUCUGAAAGACAUGUGCGGCGAGGACCUGAAACGCCACCAGCACCACCAGCCGCCCGACCUCAAGUCGCUCGACCAGCCCGUGCGCCUAGCCGGCCUCUGCGACGGCAGCCUAGGCGGCGGCGGAGGCGGCGGACCCCUCAGCAACGGCAGCUCGGGCGACGGCGACAAGCCCUCCAAGCAGAAACGGCACCGGACGCGGUUCACGCCCGCGCAGCUCAACGAGCUCGAGCGCUGCUUCUCCAAGACGCACUAUCCGGACAUUUUCAUGCGGGAGGAGAUCGCCAUGAGGAUAGGGCUGACGGAGUCCAGGGUGCAGGUCUGGUUUCAGAACCGGCGCGCCAAAUGGAAGAAACGGAAGAAAACGACGAACGUGUUCCGCACGCCUGGCGCUUUGCUCCCCUCGCACGGGCUGCCGCCCUUCGGCGCGAUGGGAGAGAGCCUGUGCGGCUCCACCAUGUUCGGCUCGUCCGAGUCCAGGUGGGGCGUCACCGGCAUGACGUCAGGGUUAACGCAGCUCAGUCAGGGUACAGUGGCCAUGGGUAGUUUUGGUCAGUCGUUAGGACAACUGAACCAAGGAUCUGGAUUAAGUCCGGCGCUGCCAAUCAGUAGUUCGGCAGCAAGUACCGUCUACCAAGCUCAUUACGGGCUCAAUUCUCUAGGUGAUAGCAUGAUGACGUACUGCAACUCGGCGGGCGGCGGCGGCACCAACGGCAGCGUGGGCGGCGCCUCCCCGCCCCCCUCCUCCCAGCUGCCGCCCUGUUCGAACGCGGCCACGCCUCCCGUGUCAUCGGGCGCCUCUCCGACUGGCGGAGGGGGCGGGGACCAGGACGAGGACGUGUGGCGCGGCCACAGCAUAGCGGCGUUGCGACGUAGGGCGUCGGAGCUGAACGCGGCGAUGCCGUCGUACCUGCAAAUCAACUACGACACGACGCACAAUAACGCGAGCGUUUAUUAAUUUUUCUUCUUCUGUGUCUGUUUUGGUUGCCGGAGAUGGAUAGAUAUGUGUAUGUAUUUUUUUGUAAUUUUUAUUUCUAUUUUUCUUUCUUGUGCUUUGUUGUAUUUUCUGAAAUUCUAUAUUUUCGGAGGUGGGGGUAUUUUGUUUUGUGAGCGACUGGAAGUGAGAGGAAGAUAAAGUGCAGUGGCGUAGGGAGUUAUUGCUACUAUUACAGCAGGUUUCUUGUUUUUAAUUCUCUCAAAAUUUUGAAAUCAAAAUUUAUA